AUGAGACUCGCGGUGUUAUUCUAUUUAAUUUUGACAGCGGCCUCGCUGCCCUUUUUUGAUAUCCGGCCACAAUUGAGCCUCCCCAACACGCUACACAGCUCUGUUGCAAAAACAGACGCUCUGGGACUCUACCCUCUGCACAAGAGACUGGUGAGGAUAAAAAGUCUCAGUUUCCAGGAGCAGGACGCUUCCGAAUACGUCGCUGAGUACCUCGAGAGAUUGGGGCUCACGGUCGAAAGAAUAAGCUCCCAAGGACGGAACAACAUCUACGCUUAUCUGGGAAAGACAAGAGAUACUAAGGUACUGCUCACCUCCCACAUCGACACCGUGCCCCCUUAUAUUGGAUACUACGACAAUGGAGACAAAAUUUACGGCCGUGGCUCGUGCGAUGCGAAGGGCUCGGUGGCUGCUCAAAUCACUGCAUUCACAGAACUGUACGAGCAGAACGAAGUGCACGAAGGCGACGUUGCUCUACUUUUCGUUGUUGGAGAGGAGACGGGCGGGGACGGCAUGUUGACGGUGGACAAGGAAAUUGACGCUAACUGGAAGAUGGUUGUGUUUGGCGAGCCAACAGAAAACAAGCUCGCAGUUGGCCAUAAAGGCGUCUACUACUUCAAAAUUCAAGUUCACGGACUUUCUUCGCACUCCGGGUAUCCAGAACUGGGGAAAGACGCAAACAAAGAGCUCAUCAGAAUAAUGUACGACAUCUCCACCACCGAGUGGCCCUCAGACGACAUUUUGGGCGCUACCACCGUAAACAUCGGACUAAUAAACGCCGGAACGGCAGCAAACGUGGUCUCUCCUAUUGCUGAGUGCGAGGUCCUUAUGAGAGUCAGCGUGCAAUCUGACGCGAUCCAAAAGAAAGUUGCCGACAUCCUGGGGAAAUACCGGGACUUUGAGCUGAACGUCAUCCAAAAGGCAGACCCUACGUACCUGGACCACGACGUUCCUGGAUUUGACACCAUGCUGGCCGCUUACUUCACGGACGUGCCUAAUCUUACACAGCGUGGAUUCAAGAGAUACCUGUACGGGCCAGGCUCGAUUCUAGUCGCCCACGGAGACAAUGAGUACGUUACUCACGAGAGCUUGGAGGCCGCUGUCGAGGGAUACAAAAAACUUGUCGCGUAUGGACUUAAAUGA